CGCACUUCAGUGGAAGAACGAUCCUCUCACUUUAUCUCUCUCUCUCUCUCUCUCUCUCUCUUUCUCUUUCUAGAACUUUUGCUCUGUCUCUUUUGGCGUCUUCACUUCUCUUGUGGACAUUGAAGUUGGGAGACACCAAAUAUAAAGCUCUGAACUCUUUCAAAGUACUGGGCAAGAGUGGUGGCAGCAUCAACUAAAUUGAGGACAUUGUUUUGUUGUCCAGGAGUCCAGCUAAGUGCCCUAGUGUAGGUCAUUGGCUUUCCCUGUGUGAAUGGGAGAUGUUUGAGCUACUUAAUGGGACUGUAGCUAAUUAAAAAAAAAGGGAGAGAGAGUGUUGAGCACAUGGUUCUUACUCUCUCCACUCCUCUUCUCUCCUCUCCUGUCAUUUCAUCUGUCUAUCGCCGGCUCUCACUUCAUCUCGGAGAGAAAGAAGUGAUGGAGCGGUGUUCUUCCCUCCUCUCCUCGCCUCUGAUGACGGAUUGAAAAACUCGGGGCGCCAGUGAGAUGAAACUCGGCACGGGGAAAUACGUCCACCCGAGAGAGAGACAAACUGCGCGCACGCCCGAAACGGACACCCUGACCGGAGGAGAAGAGCGAGUGGACACAGACCUCUCUGAAAUCCAGGAGCCCCCCCAGCCGAAGAAUGAUCGGAGCCGACUUUCCCCUUAGUGUCCAGGGAUGUCUGUGCACUCCGGAAAGGCACUGUUGUCCAGCAUGUCCAGUGCUAUGUUCCUCCUGAUGCUGUGCAAGCAGAUUGGUCUGAGAGGAAAGCGGCAGACUUUUUCUGGGAAAAUGGUAAAUACUGUCCUCAGUGAUGAAGAAAAGGGCAUCCAAGACAAGGAGGGCAAGGAGGAGUCCAUUCUGGCCAUGCUGGGCAUCAUCGGGACCAUCCUGAACCUCGUCGUCAUCAUCUUCGUCUACAUCUACACCACGCUGUAG